GUUGACCAGGUGUAUAUAAAAUCCAGUUCCUUCUUCUCCAUCCACUACCCACUAUCAAGCUUGUUCCCUAAUUAAUGGCUUCUAUCAGCUUAUUCGAAGCAUCACUAUCUCUUUUUUGCUUUCUCAUCAUCUUCUGUUACUUUCUCAACAAAAAACAUUUUGGUUACCUUGUCAACAAAAGAUCCCCUUGGAACUGGCCUGUUCUUGGGAUGCUUCCAGCUUUGGUCUUGUGGUCACGUCGGAUCGACGUUCUCAUCCGCGUCUUAGAGAAGAGCAACUUGACGUUUUUAUUCAAAGGUCCGUGGUUCGCUAGAAUGGAUGCGUUAAUCACCGUUGAUCCAGCUAAUAUACAUCAUAUAUUGAGCUCAAAUUUCUCCAACUACAUCAAGGGACCGGAGUUCAAAGAGAUUGUAGAUGUCUUUGGAGACCCGCUUUUCACUGCCGACGGAGAUCUAUGGAAAAACAUAAAAAUGUCUUCUCAGGUCAUCCUCAGUCGUCAAGGUUUUCAAAACUUGUCAAUGAGUGUCGCAACAAGUAAAAUCAAGGACGUGCUUCUUCCUAUUUUCAGUCGCUUUUCAGAGGAAGGGACGGUCGUGGACUUGCAGGACGUGUUCCGGAGAUUCAUGUUCGAUAUAUCCCUAGUUUUAGUAUCCGGUUCUGAUCCUCAGUCUCUCUCCAUUGAAAUGCCAGAGGUUGAGCUCGCAGAAGCCUUCGAGGAUGCUGGGGAAGCCAUUGUGUCUAGGCUUAUCAUACCAAGAUUCUUGUGGAAGUUGCAAAACCGGUUGGGACUGGGAAAGGAGAAGAAGCUGAUAGAAGCGGGCGCGACAUUUGAUAGAGUGUGCGCAAAAUACAUAGCUGCAAAGAGAGAAGAGAUAAGAUCACAAGGGAUUCAUCAUCAUGAUCAUGAUGGAGAAUGUGAAGAUUUUUUAACAUAUUACAUAAAGCUCGAUACAAGCAAAUACGAGCUCUUGGAUCCAAGCGAUGAUAAGUUUCUUAGAGACACCAUUUUGGCUAUCAUUAUGGCAAUAAGGGAUACCUCUUCCAGUGCUCUCACUUGGUUUUUUUGGCUCCUCUCAAAAAACCCUCACGUGGAAGCCAAGAUUCGCCAAGAGAUCAUCACAAACCUACCAAAAACUGCAACUAGUCAAGAGAGGCCAUGGUCCGCUACCGAUCACAGAGAGUUUUUGAACAAGUUGGUUUAUCUACAUGGGGCCUUGUAUGAAACCAUGAGGCUCUAUCCACCACUUCCCUUCCAGCGCAAGACUUCUAUAAAAUCAGAUGUACUUCCAAGUGGGCACAUAGUCGAUGCUAAUUCUAACGUUAUCUUCCUUGUCUAUGCGUUAGGGAGGAUGAGAUCCGUAUGGGGAGAAGACGCGUUGGAAUUCAAGCCAGAGAGAUGGGUUUCAGAGACUGGUGAGUUGAGACACGAGCCUUCUUCCAAGUUCCUUGUGUUUAACACCGGUCCGAGAACUUGUUCCGGUAAGCAUUUAGCUAUGACUUCAAUGAAGACCAUAGUUGUGGAGAUAUUACAACACUAUGACAUUAAGCUCGUCGAAGGACAUAAGAUUAAGCCAAAGGCUCAUCUUAAUCUGCUCAUGAAACAUGGGCUUAGAGUCACACUUACUAAGAGAUGUUCAGCUUGAAAUGUCAAUUUUUUUAGUUUCUCCAAUAAUAAUCUACUAGGUAAUAACCCGCGC